AAAACUCCUACCGGCGCUCCGUUCUCCGUUGCCUCCCGCGACGGGCGGGCGUUAGGGAUUGCCGGAGAAGCACCGCGGCUCUAGCCAUUUCCCGGCGAACGAAAUAAAUAAAAAAAAUCGCAGGAGGCGACGGUGCUUGCUCGCUCCGACCAACCAUCACCCCCACCCGAGUUCGAACCCCUCUCCACCUCCGCCGCCGUUGCUCCGACGGUGUGGACCACCGACCUCGACCUCGAGGCGCCGCCUCCAGGAGGAUUCAAAAUUGAAGUUAUUGGAGAGUGGAGACACUGGUGUUGCAAGUAGAGCUAGUGCCACCCCUCACUCAUCUCUCUCUCACCUCACUCCAAAUCCCCUCACUGCAAUGGCGCAACCCUAACCGGAUCCAGAAGCAACAUGAGUUCACCAGAAGCAGAACCCAGCUGUCACGCGGCGCUAUUUGUCAAACUGAUUCUCUAUGAAAUCCUCCUCCGCCUCCCGCCGGAUGAGCCCGAGUGCCUCGCCCGUGCCUCCAUCAUGUGCAAAGACUGGCAUCAUGUCCUCGAUGACCCUGGCUUCCGCCACGAAUACAGCAAGUUCCAUCAGGCAUGACCCAUACUAGGCUUCCUCUACAACAACAGCGGCUCCGAUGGCUUUAACGUCUACUCCAGCUUUGCCCCCACCACGACCUUCUCCCUGCAAAAUACCAUGUACUUCAAUUGGUACGUGCUUGAUUCACGCCACGGCCUCAUCCUUUUCGAAUCUAUGAGGGACGAUGACAGGUUCCAGAGCCUCAUCGCCUGGGAUCCUAUCAAGGACGUCCAGUGGAGAUUUCCAUUUCCCAGCCUGAAUACAAGAAUUCAUUGCUGGAAUGCAACGGUACUCUGCGCUUUGGAUGCUGUGACCAUGUCGACUGCCAUGAUAGUCCCUUCCUCAUGGUGUUUGUAGGCACGGGCAACAAUGAGCUCAUGUCUGCCUGCGUCACAUCCGCCAGCGUCUACACGUCUGAGGUUGGUGCCUGGAGCUACUUCACCACAUGUGAGCACCCAUACACCUGGGUUGACAAGCAGCCCAGCGUCCUUUUGGGAAAUACAAUAUAUUUUCUGUGUGAAGGGGGCACUGGAAUCAUGGAGUAUGAUGUGGUUGGGCAGAGGCUAUCAUGGAUCAACACACCCUUUGAGUACGGGGACAGUGAGAGUAACUUUGUCCUCGUGACUGCAGAAGAUGUCAACCUGGGUCUGGCCGGUGUGCAGGACUCAUGUAUAUACAUGUGGAGAAGGGUAUUUGAUGCCAACGCAGCUGUGGCAUGGGCUCAGUCCAGGGUCAUCGAGCUCCAUACGCUGCUCCCCACCCGUGCGCUCUCAGACAAAACCCAUGUGAUUGGCUUUGUGGAGGCAGCCGGAGCCAUUUUGUUGAAAACAAAUUCUGAGUUGCUAAUGUUUAAUCUCAACUCACAUCGAGUCAAGAAGGUAAGCAUCCAGGGUUGCAUAGAUGAUGCAGAUGAUGUAGCCAUUCCGUACAUGAGCUUUUAUACUCCACAUAAUCAAACCGAGAGGGAACUUACUUGGGAACAUGAGGGCAUGAUGCUUCGGAAGUAUCCUGAAUUCUUCCAAACAGAAAAUGGAUCAAGAGAAGCCCAGGAGAGCAAGCUUCAUCUACCCUUAGCCUAAGAAAUCAGAAGCAACCGUGGCUUGAAGGUUGUCGAUGGGAUCUUCAGAUACUCUGUUUAUCAGUUUCACCCUGGUUUACCUGCUGCACAUGAACCUGCAUUUUGAUUGGGAUCGUAGAUGCCGAUUUCACUGAACUUUGGUUUAACCCUUUCAAGAAUGGACCUGAGAUGAUCUAUUUUUCUUUUACCUUGUUGUAGCAGUUGUUGUAGCAGUUGACACUUUUGGAUACCACCCUUUUGUACAGACGAAAUUAAACCAUGUUGUAAGCGUCAUCACUUUUUUGCUUCAGUUUCGCCUUGAGUCAUCUCAAUUAUGAUUGGGUUGAGGAUGAGAAGGGAAUCCAAUUAUUC